AUUGAAAGCAUUGAAAUCGCCGAGCAUGGUGGCCGGCCCGACCACGAAGGAGAGCGACGUCGAGAGCUUCUUCAAGCGCAAGCUGCCGCGGGCGCCAGCAGACGGCGCGACCGCCCUCGUCUUGGUCGAGGAGCAUCAAGCCGCUCUCGGCGCCGGGCGCGUGCUGCUGGAACACGCCGCCUCGCUCGUGGCCGGCGCCGGCGACGUCCGCGUCCUGCGCGUCCAGCUUGAGACCUACAUGGCGCCACGAGCCAGUGACGACGACUGCGUCGAGGUGCUCAAUUUUGCCGGCGACCUUGGCGGUUGGCUCGCGCCCGGCGACGCCAUGACCAAUGUCCUCGCCAGCGUCACAGCAGCCGCUGCGCAAAGCGGCACGCCCGUGAUCCUCUUCCUCGACUCGCUCACGCCGCUGCUUCAAGCCGGCUCGUUUCACAUCGCGCUCCAGUCGCUGCGCGCGCUGCUCUCUCUUGCUGGCGUCGUUGGCCUUGUCGGUCGCUACAAUGCGUCGCUGCAUCCCAAGCACGUGGUCCAUGCGCUGCGAGCGCAAGCAACGGCCUUCAUGCUGGUCGAGACACCCGCGUCGAUCGCUGCGUACCACUUUCUAUCGAAGGAAAGCAAGCGCACAGUACCUCCGACGAUGGACGGCGUCAUUGUCUUCGUCCGCAAAAUAAAAAAUGGCACGUCGACCGAGGCGACCGACUGCUUUCGGCUGCCGCUACCCACGGCUAUCGGUCCUUUGAUGGAGCUCUUCGCGUGGGGUGAUGCCACGAAAGAAGCAAAGGAUGAUGUGUCCGAGCCCGCCUCGGCCUUGCAGCCGUCGGACUUGGUGUCGACGCUCGCGCCGGAUGUGAGCUUCAACCUGCGCAUCUCGGACACGGAUCAAAAAGCAAAAGACCAAGUCCAGCUGCCCUACAUGCAGACAUCGUCGUCGUCGUCGUCGGGCGCGCCCAAAGCUGCACUCUUCUACAUUGACGAAGACGACCCGGACUGGGACGACGACGAUCUCGACGACGAUCUCGACAUUUAAUUCACCACCACCUUUGCAUGUACGAAAA